AUGUAUGGAAAUGGUUCACCUCUUGACAGUGCAAGUAUCCUUUUUGUUAGCUCUAAUAAACGUCAAGACGCUGAUGCAAUUUGUGAUUAUGAAGAUAUUGAUGAGGAAACAAAUGUAUUAUUUAACGAGUUUGAACAUGAUUAUGAUGAAACAACCCGUAUGCCAGAAUUAGAGGAGUUUGUUAUAGAUAUUGUUAAAUACACAGGGGGAUUUAUUAUAAGAAAAAUAAAAAAUAAAAGUAACUUGUGUGGAAUUUGUGAUUCAUUUUUAACCGAAAAAGAUGAUGUCAAUGAAUCAUUGCUGUUAAAAUUAAAAACAAAAGGAAAAUUAAUUAAUAUAUCAUCUGAUGUACACAAAAUAUGUUUGGCAUCAGAGUAUAUCAUAAGAUUUUACUCCGAUGAGCUACUUAAAAUGAAGAACGUAAAGAUGCAUUUAACAAUUAAGACACUGAACGAAAUAAGCACAGUUAAUACAAUAUUCAACACUUGCGAAAUGAAACAACACAUAUUAAACCAAGAUCCUUUUAAUAACCAUCGAAGACAAUUAAUACAAUUUAUCAUUGAGCCAUAUAUAACAUUAAGAUUAAAUCAUAUAGCCAAAAUGCAUUCACUUUCAAUGGCAGGCAAGAAUGUGCGACAUAAAUGCACCAAAAUAAUUUUAUUUAAAAAUCAGUAG